AUGAGAGAUCAUGAGCCAAUGACGGCGGAACGAGCCGAACAGGCGUUCUGGCAUAUUUACGACGGGUGGGCCGCGCACCGGAACCCUGCCGACUUCCUUAGGGAUCUUUUUGGGCCACCUCCAGGUAUUUUUGUUAUAGACGAACGAACCCAAUACCAGACAAGAAAGGAAGUUAGACAGCUAGCGCUUCGUCUUCAAAAUUUGAUUCAUUUUCUUCCUUCUUAUCUCCGACUACUCGCUCUCAAGCCUGAGCCUCUACAUUUUUCCUUUAACACCGACGGGAAUAUCAGGUUAUGGAUCACAUCCAAUGGUUCUCACUUCAUGUGGGCUGAAGGUCGGACAAGUAAUGACGUCCAACUCAUGACGCUCCCGAGAAUGGGAAUCCGACUUUGCGGCCUUGCUUAUGAAGCGGGACUACCGAUGGCUAUUUUCUCCAUGUAUGGCCGUCCUGACCUGGGGUCUAGAUCUUCCGUUUCCGAACCUCCAUCUCCUGUGGCUGAUCUCGUUUACACCUUGAUCCGACAGCUCAUCACAUAUAUCCCUCGGAGAUUCGAACGCCCGGGAACGUUGAACACGCCGUACUUUGACAAGCUCGAUGGGACCCUCGCAAGCGUUGAACCGGCGCUGGACAUGCUUACUACCCUCCUGGAAUACAUACCACCAUUUCUUGUCUGUGUCAUCGACGGCCUAGAAAGGUUAGAGAACAACAAGACUCGACCCUACCUUUAUAUGCUUCUGAAUAGAUUGCGUGCUCUCAGCACGGGCCGAAGGUUCAAGAUUUUGUUCAGUACAAGCGGUCCAAGCCAAGUGCUCUCCGAGAAGCUAAACCACGAAGAGCAUUUGAGCAAUAUAUUCGCGUAA